ACUUGUGUUCGUUUUGGUUGAGGAGAGCGGUAACAGUGCGUGUCGCGGAAGACUGGGCGGCGCUCCUGAGUCCCGCUCCGCUGACCGCGUUUGGUUGGAUUUGCAGUCAGUUCAGCACAGGAGAGGAGGGGGGGCGCACAGGAUUUACCCUGAGUGUGUAUGGAGAGAGAGAGAGACAGACAACGGAGGGAGGGAGAUGCGCUACGAGCGAGCGGAGUGAGCAGAGUGCAGUGCUCAGAUUGAUCGGGGCAGCAGUGAGACGCUCGCUCGGGCCAGGACGGCUUACUCUGCUCCACCAGCAGCGGCCCCUGCACACACAGCCCCACGACCGGCGCCCCGGACACAGCGCGCAUCCCGUUGGACUUUAGCACCACUUUCGCUUACUUACUAACUCACGCGCUCGGAAAGAGUCCCUCGCGCCGCCUACCCGCGUUCCCAUUUUAAUUCGACUUUUAUUUAUCUUUAACAUUUGUAAUACAAGAGUGCGCAGGUCGUCGGCAGCGCAGCGGAGGGCAGGACAUCAGCAGCAGAGAGGCCCCGUUUCCAGGCGCUGUCGCCGGGCGGUCGCUCCGGUGCCGUUUUUCUUGGCCACUCCCCCCAGCGGACUGUCGGACCCCCAGAGCGCCACCAUCGCGACCUGGAUGGAUGGGCAUGGGGCAAACAGGACGCUGCUGCCCCGGGGCUGAGCGCCUCCUCCGCCCGCCGCCACUGCUCUCGCUGCUCUGCGUGCUCACGCUCUCCGCGCGGCUCCACAUCGGGGGCAGCCAGGUCCACGCCACGCAGUGCCGCAUCCAGAAGUGCACCACGGACUUUGUGUCGCUCACCUCGCACCUGAGCCCCUCCCUGGAUGGCUUCGACACAGAGUUCUGCAAGGCUCUCAGGGCCUACUCUGCCUGCACCCAGCGCACGGCCAAGAGCUGCCGUGGCAACCUGGUGUUCCACUCCGCCAUGCUGGGCAUCAGUGACCUCAUGAGCCAGCGCAACUGCUCCAAGGACGGGCCCACGUCCUCGACCCACCCCGAGACCCCCGUAGAACCCUGCAACUACCACAGCCGGCACCAUGCUUCGCGGGCGGGGGAGCACGCUCGGCCCACCUACCUCUUCUGCGGCCUCUUCGGCGACCCCCACCUGCGGACGUUCAAGGACCACUUCCAGACGUGCAAGGUCGAAGGUGCCUGGCCGCUCAUCGACAACAACUACCUGUCCGUGCAGGUCACUAACGUCCCCGUGGUUGCGGGAUCGAGUGCGACGGCCACCAACAAGAUCACGAUAAUCUUCAAACCGUACCAGGACUGCACGGAGCAGAAGGUGUACCAGGCGGUCACCGACGACCUGCCCGCCGCUUUCAUGGACGGCACGGUGAGCGGCGGCGACAGCGAGGCGCGAAGCCUGUGGAUGGCCGAGAAGGCGCCGGGGCGGCACGUCGAGAUCCACGCCGGCUACAUCGGCGUCACCGUCAUCGUGCGCCAGCUGGGACGCUACCUGACGCUGGCCGUGCGCGUCCCCGAGGAGCUGGCCAUGGCCUACGACGAGUCGCAGGACCUGCAGCUCUGCAUUAACGGCUGCCCGACGGCGGAGCGCAUCGACCGGGACGGCCACCUGCCGCUACCCGUGCUGGGUCUGCAGCAGCCGGCGGCGGCCGCUUCGCACCCCCGAGGCGCUCAGGGUCAGGCCGUGCCGCGCGGCGCCUCCUUCACGCUGGAGAGCGCCAUGGCCAAGUGCCGCGAGCAGCUGGAGGUCAGGGACAUAUACUUCCACUCUUGCGUCUUUGACCUCCUCACCACCGGAGACGCCAACUUCACGUCGGCCGCGUACAACGCGCUCAAGGACAUGGAGAGCCUCCAUCCCAGGAAGGAGCGCUGGCACAUCUUCCCCAGGGGACACGGCGCCCGCUCCCAGCCUCCCCUGCUGCCUCUGCUCCUCCUCUGCUUUCUCGUCGCCAUGCUUUUGUAGGACCUUUGUCUAAGAACUCUGAAAGAUGAAAAUAUAUAUAUAUGUGUGUCUAUAUAUAUAUAUAUAUUUAGUCAUAAUAUAUUGAAGAAACCAACAAACAAGAAAGAGGUAUAUGUGUAUAUACUGUGUAUAUGAAGGGAGAAAAUGCUGAAAAAACCAACACUCCUGACUGUAAAUAUUAUGUACGUUUUAUUUUCAGGAACGCUGUACGUAGGGAUUUUCGG